AUCAUAUCCACCUCUGCCCAUGACCCAGUCGCUUAAUUAUUGUAUCAGGCAGAAGACCCUGGCAACGGCCACCCAAGGGUUAGAUGGGUGGUUUAUCCUCAACCCCCUCAAGUUGCGACGGACUCUGUUUCUACGUUUUUCCGCGAAUAAAGGGCCGUGUUUCCGUUUCCAGCAUUACAGGCCCCCAGGCUAGGAUAUCAACCACGUCGGUCCAAAUGUUCCUCAAAUGGCCGGACUACCCUCGAGGAUUUAUUUAAUCUUGUCCGAAAGUCCAUGCUAUUCAAGCGAUUUAGGUCCACGGUCUGUCAUCAGUUACCGUCUCUUCGCUGAUUUCCGUCCUCCUUCCAGCGAGUAGCCAUGCGUACUAAAACUCUUAUCGAGCGCCUGGUGCACAAUGACGCGGUGAAAGAGGAUCCCCCAGAGAUCUAUGGGUGGAGGGUCUUCGCUUUGGCAGCUUCCGCCUGCUUUGGCGGCAUGCUGUUUGGAAUGGAUAUGGGGAUCAUUGGAGGUGUGCUUGAGCUGGAUGCCUUCGAAGCCGACUACAAUUUGACCGAGCGGACCAAGGCGAACCUUUCCUCGAACAUUGUCUCCGUUUUGCAAGCCGGAUGCUUCUUUGGUUCCCUGGGAAUCUACAUCCUCUCGGACAAGUUAGGCCGCAAGCCGUCGCUUUUGAUCUCGGCGGCGGUUGCAACCCUCGGGUGCAUCAUCCAAGCCGCCGCGUCGGGAAAAUACGGCGCUCUGUAUACUGGACGAAUCAUUGCCGGCAUCGGUGUCGGUGCUGCGUCAUCGACCACUCCGCUUUAUAUCUCUGAAAACGUACCUCGUGCCAUCCGUGGUGGACUCACUGGAAUUUACCAGCUUUUUAUCGUCACGGGCAUCAUGCUCGCAUUCUGGAUCAACUACGGCUCGAGUCUGCAUAUCUCCGGGAGAGCGAGCUACAUUGUACCCCUGGUCAUUCAAGCACUCCCUGCCCUUCUUCUUUUCGGUUGCAUGCUGUUGAAUAAAGAGUCCCCCCGUUUCCUCGCCAAGCAGGAUCGCUGGGAGGAGGCAACCCAGACACUUUGUCGAGUCCGAAACCUCCCGGCCGAUCAUCCUUAUAUCCAGGUAGAGCUCGCGGAUAUUGCGGCUCAGCUGCAGUACGAGCGCGAAUUAGUCGGAGGCGCGAGUCAGAAGGAUCUGUGGAAAGAAAUGUGGCUCAUCAAGGGGAACCGUAACAGGGCUUUGAUUUCCAUCGGACUGAUGGUAUGCCAGCAGAUGACAGGGACCAACGCCAUCAACUACUACGCGCCGAUGAUCUUCAAGAACUUAGGAAUCACUGGCGAUACGACCAGCUUGUUUGCCACGGGCAUUUACGGAGUCGUCAAAGUGACUGCGUGCCUGGCGUUCUUGCUGUUCGUGGCCGAUAGCUUAGGUAGGAGGAGGAGUCUUCUGUGGACGAGCAUUGCACAAGGCCUUGCUAUGUUCUAUAUGGGUCUUUACGUGCGAAUUGCGCCACCGGAUACUGACAAGCCAGUUCCACCCGCUGGUUAUUUCGCGUUGGUUUGCGUCUUCCUUUUUGCCGGCUUCUUCCAAUUCGGAUGGGGCCCUGUUCCAUGGAUCUACUGCAGCGAGGUUGCCUCAGCACGGCUCCGAUCUCUUAAUGUCGCUCUUGCAUCCGCUACUCAGUGGCUGUUCAACUUUGUUGUCGCCCAGGCUACGCCUCGUAUGUUGAAGAACGUAGGAAAUAAAGGAUAUGGGUUCGUGUGCUCCGGUGAUAGGAGGAUCGGAUCGGAGGCUAACCCUUGAUGCAGUGGAUUCCUAAUUUACGGCUGUUUCUGCUUCGCUAUGUUC